AUGAGAUUUGUACUUGAUAAUGGGAUGGGCAUAACACGGGUAAGUGAGCAAAUUGUCUAGUUUGCUGUAUUGUUUUCGAAGUUCGAGGAAGCAAGUUGACAUCAAGUCUUCCAAAGGUUGAGGAAAUACGCAUUAGCGAGAGUGAAGAGGCAACGUUCAGGAAACAUACCGAACCGUAUAGUUGUGAAGGAGAAACCAUCCUCAUAUUGAGACAUCACCAUGUUGUUUUUGGUCACUUGUUUGAUUGGCUGACGAAGAAGAGGGUUCAAUGCGUGGAACCUCUCGAUUAUAAUCGGGAAACCCACAUCUCCGACUGGUGCCAUUUGCAUUUGUUGGCUCAUGAUUUCGGUUAUGACGAUUUGGCACGCCUGUGUAUUUUCGGAUAUAAAAGCAGGCGCCUAAAUAAUGAAGAGGAGUGGGAGCCUCUGCCAGCAGAGAUUGAGCUUUUGUAUGGAAUGCCAAUUGAGCGUACUGCGGCUUUAAGGCAUGUUAUCCUCGAACAUAUGACAAUGCAAGUUUUGUCAUGGAACACGAUGGGAGAUCCGAAUCGCUUCGUAAACCUUGUCUCACGAAAUAACGAGUUUGCUAAUGAUAUCUUCGGCGGGGUUGGUAGACACGUUGUAGGAUUCAACGUGGUUGCGGUUGGGGGAAUCCGCAGAUUGGAUUGCGAGGUCGAGAGUUGUGGAAUCCAUGGGGAUUGGGAGGAAUACAGACAAAUUCCAUCGCUGUCUGAUUUCGAGCCAGACACUGGAAUCUUGAGAGAUACGCCGGAGUUUGAAGUUGACUGUUGGCUCACGGCUGAGGAGCUCGAGGCUUUUCGGGAGGCCGAGGAGGAGGAACAAGCUGAAGCGAGAGCAGUGGCAGAAGCCUGCUUCAAACGCCUGACAGAAGGGCUUCAACCACGAGCUCAUUUGUGA